AUGCGUUUCGCCCUGUCCCUAUUCGCCGCGGUGCCGCCCGCCGCGUCCGGCGCCGGCACGCACUUUCUCAACCACACCGCCCUGCUGUCUGGCGUCGAGGACCCGGCGUGGUUCAGCGCCAACGUGCCGCUGGUGGAGCUGCCCAGCGCCGACCUCCAGGCCGUGUACUACUACCGCUGGUCCACGUACCGGGAGCACCUCGCGUACACGGGCGCGCCGCACGGGUACCUCGCGACCGAGUUCCUGCACGCGGCGUCGUACGGCGCGCCAUUUGGCGGCAUCGUCGCCGCCGCCGGCCACCACAUCACCGAGGGCCGCUGGCUGCGGGACCCGCGCUACGGCCGGGACCUGGUCGACUACUGGCUGGCCGGGCCGGGCCAGCGGCCCAAGCCCGCGACCGAGGCGCUCAACAAGGACACGCGCGACUGGGCGCACCAGUACAGCUUCUGGGCCGCCAGCGCCGUCUGGCGCCGCUACCUCGUCACCGGCGACCGCAACGCCACAACCGCCCAGCUCGCCAACCUCGUCGCCCAGUACCGCGGCUGGGACGACCACUUCAGCCCGGACCUCGGCCUGUACUGGCAGGUGCCCGUAUGGGACGCCACCGAGUACACCGCCGCGUCGUACGCGUCCCCCGGCGGGGACCCGUACCACGGCGGCGCCGGCUUCCGCCCCACCAUCAACGCCUACCAGUACGGCGACGCGCGCGCCAUCGCCGCCAUCGCCGGCCUGGCCGGCGCGCCCGCCCUGCAGCGGGACUACGAGCAGCGCGCCGCGUCUCUGCAGGAGGCGCUCCAGCGCCACCUGUGGCACGCCGACAAGGCCUUCUACAUGCACCGCGACCGCGACUUUGGCCGCGCGCUGCUGGACGACCGCGAAAUCAUGGGAUUCCUGCCGUGGAUGUUUGGCGUGCCCGUCGCCAACGCCUCGGCGGCACCCUUUCGGCAGCUGCUGGACCCGGACGGGUUCCUGGCGCCGUUUGGGCCGACCACGCUGGAGCGGCGCAGCCGCUGGUACAUGCACGAGGCUGAUGGCUGCUGCCGCUGGGACGGCCCGUCGUGGCCGUUUGCCACGGCGCAGACGCUCGCCGCCGUCGAGACGCUGCUGCACGAGUACCCCCGCCAGGAGGCCAUCACGCCCGCCGAUUACGUGCGUCUGCUUGAGACGUACGCCCGCACGCUGCACAAGAACGGCGCGCCGUACGUGGCCGAGGCGCACCACCCCACCGAGGACCGCUGGCUGUACGACGGCCGCGACCACAGCGAGGACUACAACCACUCGACGUUUGUGGACAAUGUGCUGGCGGGCCUGCUGGGGCUCCGCGGCCGGCCUGACGACGCGCUGACGGUGCGCCCGCUGGUUCCCCCGUCCUGGCCGUACUUUGCCGUCGAGAACUUGACGUACCACGGGCGCCGCGUGACGGUGCUCUGGGACGCGACAGGCACCCGAUACAACCAGGGAAGGGGCCUCACCGUGUUCGUGGACGGGGUCGUGGCCGCCCGGCGCGACACCCUGGGCGGCGACGGCGGCCUGACCGUCCCCGUGAAACCGGGCAUUCCCGUGCCGGCCCCCCACAAGGUCAACAUUGCCGCCAACAGCCAGGACGACCCGCUGCUGUCCCGGGCCUUUGCCUCGUACACGUCGCCAUUUGACGGCGCGAUGCGCGCCAUUGACGGCAGCGUGUGGCGGACGGCGGUCCCGUCCAACAGCCGGUGGACGUCCUAUCAGAGCCCGCACGCGAGCGACCACAUGGGGGUGGACCUGCGCCGCGCGCAGUCCGUAUGCGACGUGCGGCUGUACUUUUACGACGACGGCGACGGCGUGCGCAUCCCCUCUCGCUACGACCUGCAGUACUGGCGGCCCGACGGGUGGGCGACGGUGCCGGGCCAGAAGCGCAGCAAGGCGCCGACAGCGUCCAACGAGGAGAUCCGGGUGACGUUUCCGGCCCUCGUGACGUCGCAGCUGCGCGUCGUCGCGCCGAACCCAUCGCCCGGUCGCGGCUGGGGCCUGUCCGAGAUGGAGGUGUGGACGGCGCCCGUGUUUCACCUGCGCAACGAGCACAGCGGGAAGCUCAUGGGCGUGGACCGCAUGUCGACGGCGGCGGGCGCGCGUGUACAGCAGUACGACGACAACGGCACGCGCGAUCACCACUGGCAGUUUGUGCCGGCGGGCGGGGGCUGGAGCGCCAUCGAGAACCUCAACAGCGGCCUCGUGCUCGCGGUCGACUCGGAUGAAAACAGCGCCGGUCUGGUGCAGAAGGACAAUGACGGCACCUCGCACCAGCUGUGGAAGGUCGAGUUUGAAGGGAGCGGCCUGUUUUUGAUCAGGAAUAAGGGAAGCAACAAGGUGGCGGGUGUUGAUGGCAUGUCGACAAGCAAUAGCGCCAAUGUUGUGCAGUACGACGACAAUGGGACAAAGGACCACUUGUGGAGUAUCCUGCCUGCUGCGGUUGAGGGGUGCUAUAGUUGA